AUGUAACCGUCCAUUUAAGCGCUGCAUUUCGGCAUCCAUUUAGCGUACGCAUUUCAUUUCAUUCACAAAUAAAAUCACUCUUCUUCUUCGCAUGAGUCUGAACUCUCUUUUUCCACCCAAACCUCACUGAAUCUGUUCAUUUAUUCUUACAAUAUAGCCACGCAUUGGUUUGUACGUGAUCACUCGGCGCUUCUCCAAGAUUCUGUCAACGGAAAUAAUCGCCGCAUAACCCCAAAUCAAACCGAUUGAAUAAUCUCCCAACGACCGUAGAAAAGGCAAAACAGUUCAUCGUGAUUUGGGUUUUCGUUUCCCGGGAUUUUUUCCCAACCGUGAUUUCUGUUUUCGUAGUCACUGGUCAGGAGCAUUUUCUUGGGAAUGAAGAUGGGUGGUAGGACUAUUGGGGUCGAGGAGGAAGCGGUAGUGGAAGGGGAGCAGGAUAGAAGAGAAGAAAUUGAUGAGAUCGUAGCGGGACAGAAGUACGCUGUGGUGUUGGGCGGCGGAGGGUUUCCGCAGGCGCAGCCGGGGAAGGUGACGGUGGUGGGAUAUGCUCUUACUUCCAAGAAAGUUAAGAGCUUUUUGCAGCCCAAGCUUCAGAGUUUAGCAAGAAACAAGGGAAUACUGUUUGUUGCUAUUGAUCAAAGUAGAUCCCUUUCAGAUCAAGGCCCUUUCGAUAUUGUGCUCCACAAGCUAACAGGAAGCAAGUGGCAGAGUAUACUUGAGGAAUAUAGUAUGACACAUCCAAAUGUAACGGUUCUAGACCCCCCAGAUGCAAUACAGAAUAUCUAUGAUCGCCAGUACAUGCUUCAAGAGGUUGUAGACUUGAAAUUCUCAGAUGGAUAUGGUAAAGUUGAUGUUCCUAGGCAGUUGGUCAUUGAGUAUGAUUCUUCCUCCAUUCCAGAUGCAGUCACUAGAGCUGGUCUUAGACUACCGCUUGUUGCAAAGCCGUUAGUUGCCAAGUCACAUGAUUUAUCACUAGCCUACGAUAAGGUCUCGCUUCAGAAACUUGAACCCCCACUGGUUUUGCAAGAGUUUAUCAACCAUGGUGGUGUCAUGUUCAAGGUUUAUAUUGUUGGAGAAGCAAUCAAGGUGGUCAGGAGAUUCUCAUUGCCUGAUGUAGGCAGACGGGAGCUCUUAAAAAACGAUGGCGUUUUUCAUUUUCCUAGGGUUUCUUGUGCAGCUGCUUCUGCAGAGGAGGCAGAUUUAGACCCACGUGUUGCUGAACUUCCUCCAAGACCAUUGCUUGAGAGACUUGCAAAGGAGCUACGCAGACGAUUGGGCCUCCGGCUCUUCAACCUGGAUAUGAUUAGAGAAAAUGGAACAAAGGACCGGUAUUAUGUCAUAGAUAUCAAUUAUUUUCCAGGGUAUGGGAAAAUCCCAGAAUAUGAACACAUCUUCACAGAUUUUCUCCUCGACCUAGUGAAGAACAAGUAGCAAGGAGAUUCCCCGUCUGGAUACACGGACAGGGUUUGCAGCUCUAGUUUGCGAAACACGGGAGAACACCAUGCCGUACCGCCUUUUUAUUACAAAUGGAUCAUGCGCAUUGCAGCAAGUUAUCUGCUCUGUGAUAUGAUGGACCAAAAAGAUGCAAAACCAACUUAACCCACUGCACAAGGCUAAAUGAUAUGUGAAGUCUAACAGGUUAUCUGUCAUUUGUUCUUUUGAUAGAUAGUUAUGUUAAGCCUGAGAGUACAGGUAGUCUCAGGCAACCAGAAAAUUCCAUAGUCGCAUAGAUGAUGACAACAAUAUUAUUUAUUUCAUGUUACCUAUAUUUCAAUUAUUUGUGAAUUACUUCUCUUCUCGUGAAGAUCACAUAUCUAUCCUCUUUCAUGAAAGGAAAACGAUCCUUGAAUCCCAC